AUGCCUGUGCUCUUUUGUCAUCCGCCUCUUUCUUUAAAAGCAUUGAAUGCUUCUUUAAUGAAAAUGCAUUUUUAUUUUUCUAUUAAAAUAUCAUAUCUUACUUAUACUCGCCUUUCUUUUUCAAAGACUCAAACUAGUAAAAAUAUUCGUUCUAUGAUUAUGACAUGUAACGAAACCAUUGAGCAAAGUACAAACGACGAACAAGAUUACGAGGAAUACGACGAAAGCAUGAUGCCUGAGAAUCUUCCGCAAGAGAUCGAGCAACUCGAGAAUCAAAAGAAAUCGAACUUGGAUGAAACUGAGAUAGUUAACUUGGGAGACGACGAAACAGUGAAGGAAACUCGGAUCAGCAUACACUUAGAAGCUGAACGGAAGCAGGAAUUGUUGGAAUUGCUUAAGCAGUAUGUUGACGUAUUUGCUUGGUCCUACGACGACAUGCCCGGGCUGAGCACCGACAUCGUCUCUCACAGGCUACCAACUGAUCCCACCCGCCCGCCGAUCAAGCAAAAGCCAAGAAAGUUCAAGCCCGAUUUGAGUUUGACGAUCAAAGAGGAAGUCACCAAGCAGAUUGAAGCAAAUAUUGUGAGGGUUACAAACUACCCUUCCUGGUUGGCCAACAUUGUGCCCGUUCCAAAGAAGGACGGAAAAAUCAGGAUAUGUGUGGAUUAUCGGGAUCUCAACAAAGCUAGUCCUAAGGAUGACUUCCUUCCGAACAUCCACAUACUCAUCGAUAAUUCAAAACAUGAGUUGCAAUCAUUUGUCGAUUGCUUUGCAGGAUAUCAUCAGAUUUUGAUGCAUGAGGAUGAUGCGGAAAAAACGGCGUUUACCACUCCAUGGGGAGUAUACUGCUACCGAGUAAUGCCAUUUGGCCUCAAGAAUGCUGGUGCGACCUACAUGAGGGCCAUGACUACUUUGUUCCAUGAUAUGAUUCAUAAGGAGAUCGAAGUCUACGUGGACGAUGUCAUUAUCAAAUCUCGAAGGAGUUCAGAUCAUUUUACUGACCUAAGGAAGUUCUUUGAACGAUUGCGGAGGUAUGACUUGAAGUUGAAUCCAAAGAAAAAAUGUGCGUUUGGAGUUCCCGCUGGAAAAUUAUUGGGGUUCAUUGUUAGCAGAAAAGGUAUAGAGUUGGAUCCUUCAAAAAUCAAGGCAAUCCAAGACUUGCCUCCCCCGAAGAGCAAGAAAGAUGUAAUGAGUUUCCUCGGAAGGCUCAAUUACAUUAGUCGAUUCAUCGCACAAUCAACGGUGAUUUGUGAACCUAUAUUUAAGCUGAAGAAAGAUGCUGCCACAAAAUGGACGGAAGAGUGUCAGAAGGCCUUCGACAGAAUCAAGGAGUACUUGUCCAAUCCACCCGUAUUGGUCCCGCCAGAACCAGGAAAGCCUCUAUUGCUGUACUUGUCCGUACUGGAUGGUGCAUUUGGAUGUGUGUUGGGACAACACGAUGAGACGGGGAAAAAGGAGCAAGCCAUUUACUACCUAAGCAAGAAAUUCACACCGUACGAGGCGAGGUACACUUUGUUAGAACGCACGUGCUGUGCUUUGACUUGGAUCGCACAAAAGUUGAGGCACUACCUAUCCGCGUACACCACGUACUUGAUCUCAAGGAUGGAUCCACUCAAAUACAUCUUCCAGAAGCCGAUGCCUACGGGGAAAUUAGCAAAAUGGCAGAUUUUGUUAAGUGAGUUUGAUAUCGUGUACGUAACUCAAAAGGCCGUCAAGGGACAGGCAUUGGCGGAUCACCUUGCAAAGAACCCAGUAGACAAUGAAUACAAGCCGCUUACAACCUAUUUUCCUGAUGAGGAAGUACUGUUCGCAGGAGAAGAUAUUUCAGAGCCUUACUCAGGAUGGAGGAUGUUCUUUGACGGAGCGGCAAAUUUCAAAGGAGUCGGAAUAGGAGCAGUUUUGGUUUCCGAGACAGGUCAGCACUACCCUAUCUCGGCAAAGAUCAGAUUUCCCUGCACGAACAAUAUGGCAGAAUACGAAGCUUGCAUCCUUGGGCUUAGGAUGGCAGUUGAUAUGAACAUCAAAGAACUUUUGGUAAUAGGCGAUUCCGACCUAUUAGUUCAUCAGGUACUAGGAGAAUGGACCACCAAGAAUGUCAAAAUUCUUCCAUACUUACAUUGCGUGAAGGAGUUGUGCAAGCAAUUCAGAGAGAUUGACUUCAAGCAUGUCCCUCGAAUCCAAAAUGAGUUUGCUGAUGCCCUUGCGACAUUGUCAUCAAUGAUCCAACAUCCGGACAAGAAUUACAUCGACCCUAUCAAGGUAGAAAUACACGAUCAGCAAGCAUAUUGUUUUCAUGUCGAUGAAGAAUUGGAUGGCCAGCCAUGGUACUACGACAUUAAAAAGUUGCUCGAGACGAGAGAAUAUCCGGAAAAUGCAACUAACAAACAGAAGCGGACCUUGAGGAGAAUGGCAAAUCACUUCUUCCUUAACGGAGAAAUCCUAUAUAGGAGGACUUCAGAUCUGGGAUUGCUAAGAUGUGUGGAUGCCACAGAGGCGACGAGGUUGUUAGAAGAAGUACACGCAGGGACAUGUGGACCUCACAUGAACGGAUUCACUUUGGCAAAGAAGAUUCUGAGAGCGGGAUACUUUUGGAUGACUAUGGAAAGAGACAGCAUUCGCUAUGUACAAAAGUGUCAUCAAUGUCAAGUUCACGGAGAUUUCAUUCGAGUUCCCCCAAAUGAGCUCAAUGUAAUGGGUUCCCCUUGGCCGUUCGCCGCUUGGGGCAUGGAUGUGAUUGGACCUAUCGAACCCCCUGCAUCAAAUGGGCAUCGCUUCAUCUUGGUGGCCAUCGAUUAUUUCACUAAAUGGGUCGAAGCUUCAACGUACAAGGCAGUAACAAAGAAGGUGGUAGCAGAUUUUGUUCGCAACAAUAUAGUUUGCCGAUUUGGGAUUCCAGAGUCAAUUAUCACAGAUAAUGCAGCCAAUCUCAACAGCGAUCUUAUGAGAGAGACUUGUGAAAAGUUCAAGAUUGCCCACCGAAAUUCCACAGCUUAUCGACCACAGAUGAAUGGAGCGAAUGAGGCAACAAAUAAGAACAUCAAGAAGAUCUUGAGGAAGAUAACAGACAGUCACAGGCAGUGGCAUGAAAAGUUGCCAUAUGCUUUGCUUGGUUACCGUACCACUGCUAGAACAUCCACAGGAGCAACUCCCUAUAUGCUGGUCUAUGGCUCCGAAGCUGUGAUACCCGCAGAAGUAGAGAUACCUUCUCUAAGGAUUAUCCAAGAUGUUGGUUUGGACGAUGCAGAAUGGAUACGUAGUAGACACGAACAGUUGAUGCUCAUUGAUGAGAAAAGGAUGGACGCUGUCUGUCACGGGCAGCUUUAUCAGAAUAGGAUGUCCAAGGCAUUUAACAAGAAAGUAAGGCCUAGGAAAUUCGAACCAGGGCAGUUGGUUUUAAAGCGAAUAUUUCCUCAUCAGGAUGAAGCUAAAGGGAAAUUCGCACCAAAUUGGCAAGGUCCAUACGUGGUUCAUCGAGUGCUUUCAGGAGGAGCAUUGAUUUUGGCAGAAAUGGAUGGUAAAGUGAGCACGAAGCCCAUCAACUCAGACUCGAUCAAGAAGUACUACAUCUGAAGACAUCCAAGCUAGCUUUUUCUUUUCCGUUGUAAUUUGCAUUUCUAUUGUAACAAAACUACGCUGACCUGACUUCCCACGGUGGGAUACGUAGGCAACCCACAUCGGGUCCGGUCUCUUGUAAUAGAAAAUCCCAAAAACAUUAUCUUCAUGUAACUGGAACUACGAUUCGACCUGAUUUCCCUAGGUGGGAUACGUAGGCAAUCCCUACCGGAUUCGGUCCCUUUAUUAAUCUUCUUUUCUAUUGUAAUUGAACUACGUUAUGACCUGAUUCCGUUUGGAUACGUAGGCAGCCUGAGUCAGGCUCGGUCAUUGCAUUAUUUUACCUUUUUAUUGUAAUUGAACUACGCUACGACCUGAUUCCAUUUGGAUACGUAGGCAGCCUGAGUCAGGCUCGGUCACAUUACAUUACAUAUCAUUUUCUUUUCAUUUGUACCCUCGAACUACGUACAGACCUGAUUCCUAUUUGGGAUACGUAGGCAACCUAAAAGGUUCGGUCAUACCCUUAGGAAACCUUUUAUUUGUAAUGUAACUAUAGAUUAGGAUCGGUCUCAUCGUCAAAGACAUCGCGACACUUGGCUUGAAUACGAAGAAGCGUCAUCAGAGGAACAGACUAUGCAAAGACACCGUUUGGAUGCAGGCAUCAGAAUGGAGAAGCUCAAUGCGUUUCGGAAUAUGUCAUAAUCUAAAAAAUGAUAGAGUUUUAUUGCAUUUAUACGUAGUAUAUAUACAUGCAUAUCCGAUUUCUAAAAUACCAUAUUUUUUCUUUCUUUCAAAGUGCAUUUAUGUAUUUUUCCACCUACCAAGUCUCCGGACAGAGAUCUCCGCAACCAAAGAAGCUCAAAGCAUUCAAGUGACAAAGCUAGGGCCACGAUCGAC